GCAACAGGUAUCUAAAGAUUAAGUAUUAGUUUAUGAUCAUAAAGUUCUAUGUUAUCCAAUUUGUAUAUCUUUUUAUUCAACUUUCAAAAUUACAUUAAAUAAAAAAUAUUGUGUUAUUUAAUUAAUAAUGUUUACAUAACUAACACUACUUAUUGUCAAGUUAGAGCAAUCUAUUUAGUUCAAGUAAUUUAAAAUCAUGGCCAUUAUCUUCUUAAUUUAUAUUUUUACGGCAAAUUUAAAUGUCUAUGAAGCAACUCUGCUAAUACCUGUAGUAUCAAGUGAAAUGGAAAAUAAAGCCAUUUACUUAUACCCAGGACAGACUAAAAGUGAAAGAGACUUAAAUAUAUGUGAACAAUAUAGUGUAUGUAACAUUGUUCAUUUAAGAUUUUGGUUUCCCCCUCAAAUUGAACGUUUAUGCAAAUGUCCAAAUCGAGAAGAAUGUCCAUGGAAAUGGAGUACAGACGAUAAACGAACAAUGCUAUUGAAUAAUCGAUCACAACUGAAGUUUUGUGAGCCGGUGUAUGACUUACCGGAUUGCACUAACAAAUUCAGUGAAUCUAUAACAAUUGAAAGACACAAAGAAGAUAAUAACAUCCAGGUCAAAGCUAAAGUACAAUGUUAUUGUCCUCAAAAAACAACUUGGGAACUCAUUAGACAUAAUCAAAAUGAUCAUCAUAAUACAACCAUAGAUAAGAGUUAUAUAAAAGAUAUGUAUAAAUGCAAAAAAUUAAAAGAUUGUAAUGCAAGUGAAUUUUGUGGUUAUAUAAGAACUGAUUACUUCUCAACAUAUACCAAAUGUUCAUGCCCUUAUGGAAACCUAUGUUUGCAUAAAGACAAAAAUGAAAUAUCAGCUUAUGAAAUGUUUUUCCAUGGAAUGUCAUACAGAGCUGAGUGUACACCUUAUCCUCAAACAUAAUAUUGAAGUCUGAUUUUUGUAAUAGAAAUAUACAAUUAAUAACAAAAUAAUUUAUAAAUCAAUUAAAAAUAAAUUAUUUUUAUACGAGUA